CGGGCGAAGCGCCAAGCCGGGAGCUCCGAGGGACGUGCCCAGAGUGGGGAAGCGGAGCAAUUCGGGGGGCGAGCCUGCCCGAAAUGUGGGGAGCGCCGGCUGCCCCGCGGGGCCACCCCGCUCCCCCCUGCCUGCUGCCGCUGACCUGGCUCCUAGCGCUGCAUGCAGGUCUGCUGGCAGGGGUGAACAUCACCAGCCCCACGCCGCUGGUGCGCGGCACGGCGGGCAAAGCGGCGCUGCUGUCCGUGCGCUACGCCAGCGCCAGCGCCGACAAGCCGGUGGUCAAGUGGCAGCUGAAGAGGGACAAACCCGUCACCGUCGUCCAGUCCAUCGGCACCGAGAUCAUCGGCAACCUGCGGCCCGACUACCGCGACCGCAUCCGCGUGCUGGAGAACGGCUCGCUGCUCAUCAGCCCCCUGCAGCUGGCGGACGAAGGCGCCUACGAGGUGGAGGUGUCCAUCACCGACGACACUUUCACUGGCGAGAAGACCAUCAACCUCACCGUGGACAUUCCUAUCUCAAAGCCACAAGUGCUGGUGGCCUCCUCAACGGUGCUGGAGCUCAGUGAGUUCUUCACCCUCAACUGCUCACACGAGAAUGGCACCAAACCCACGUACACCUGGCUGAAGGACGGGCGGCCCCUGAGCAACGACUCCCGCCUGCUCCUGUCCCCGGACCAGAAGAUCCUCACCAUCACCCGUGUUCUCAUGGCUGAUGAUGAUGUCUACAGCUGCCUGGUGGAGAACCCCAUCAGCCAUGGACGCAGUGUCCCCGUGAAGCUCACAGUUUACCGCCGGAGCUCUCUCUACAUCAUCCUGUCCACGGGUGGUAUCUUCCUUCUUGUCACCCUGGUGACAGUUUGUGCCUGCUGGAAACCCUCCAAAAAGGAGAAGCGACAAGCCGAGACACAGCCGACCUCUGACUACGCUGAGCAAGACGAGGAGCGCCUGAAGCACGAGGCCGAGGGCAUCCCACGGAGCGGCGAGCACGAGCGCAAGAACCCCGUGGCUUUGUACAUCCUUAAAGACAAGGACUCGCCAGAGGCGGAGGAGGAUUCGCUGCCUGAGCCCCGCGGCACAGUCGAGCCAGGUUACACCAGCUCGCCAGUACCAGCGGCCGGUCGCUCGCCAGGACCAGUGGGGCGUUCGACUCGCCGCUACCAUCGCUCCCCAGCUCGCUCACCCGCCUCGACCCGGACCCACCGGUCACCACCGGGCUCGCCGGCACGGUCCCGCGGCGCUCCGCGGCUGCUGCGGACUGCCGGCGUGCACGUCAUUCGGGAGCAGGAGGAGGCCAACGCCGUGGAGAUCAGUGCCUGAGCAGGGCGGACUGUGCGCGCUUGGGUGGCAGCGUGCGAGCGAGCAGGGACAGCGGCACGGCCACGCUUCCGCCACCGAGCCAGCGGGGACACCGGCACAGCCCUGCUCCCACCGCUGGGCGUCAUUCCGCUCGGCGUAAAGUCACUAAUUUCCUAUUGAUCCCACCCAGAGCUCCCCUCUUCCGUCCCCCAUCUUCCUGGGACAUCGCUUUAAUGGCUUUCUCGCCGGGACGAGUGUGCGGGGAGCGUGCAGAAAGCACACGCGUGUGCGGAGAGAACAUGCAAUCAGCGCACGGAGAGAGUGUGCCAGAGGUGCAUGGAGCACUGCACAGAGCAAGCAUGCAUGGGGCGUGCAGGAGGGCGAUGGGCUGUGCACAGAGGGGGGCAGGCACGAGGGUGUGCAGCAAGGGUGCACACAGUGUGCAAAGAGGAUGCACAGAGCACGUGGAGCCCAUGGGGAGAACACAGAUGGAGCGUGCAGAUAAGACUGCACACAGUGUGCCCAGAGUGUGUAUGGAGUGUGCAGAGUGUCCACCGAACCUGCGUGGCCUUUGUGAGUGUGCCAGCACUGGGUGUGUGUUCCAAGUGUGAGCAGAGUGCAUGGAGGAUGAGGAGUGAACAUGCACACAGAUCUGUGCAAAGAGUGUGAGUAAAGAGUGUGUGCAGGGCUUGCACAAAGCACACAGAGCGUGCUUGGUGUGUGUGUGGAGAGAGUGUGCACAAAGCGAGCAGAGCGUGCUCAGAGCAGGCCUAGGAGUGAACCUGCAGUGCUGGCACGGAGCCUGCAGUGAGUGUGCAGAGUGUGUGUGCAGUGCUUGCACAGGGUGUGUGGUGCAUGUGGAGAGAAAGCACAAAGCAGCUGAGCACGCUUGGAGCGUGCACACGCACACGGGGAGCGCACACGUGCCUGCCCACAGUGGCACAGCCCCCAUGUGUGGAGCAGGACAUGCACUGGCACACAAGCCCAACAUGCACCAGGCAGUCUAAACAGGGGGCUCCCUCCUGCUCCCCAGCUCCCCAGCUGCAAUGUCCCCUAAAUGUGGGCUGGAAGCCUUGGCCCAAGCAUUGGCCCAUUGCCAUGGUAGGAUUUUCUGUGAAAAUCCCCUGGUUUUGGAGCACACAAAACUCUCCCCCAGCCUUCAUGGGAAAUAGGUUUAGGAUGAAAAGCAGAGAGUGGCUGGCCAAGCGAGCCAGGCCCUGGGGCACCCGGGGUGGGUGCCAGGGCACCCCGGAGUGCUCGGGGUGCACUACUAACCAAUAAACUAAACGUACUACCCAUCUGGUGGUGGCACCCUUGGGUGUCUUUGUGGGACAGUAGUCACCCAGGGUGGAGGGACACACAAGAAGUGGCUGACAGGUAAGAACACACAAACCCAAUGCACGUGGCUGGCACUCCAACUGGCACUUGAAGACCUUGGAAUGCUCCCUCUGGUACCUACUGAUGGUGUCCUCAUCUGAGAGCCCAUUUCUUUUUAAUUUGUCUUCCUCUGAACGUGGCGAAGGAAAAGGGGAAUUUAUUCUGACUAAUUAAAAUCAUUAACUGCUGGUGUCCCCCA